CGGCCAUACAGAAACGACCUUCAACCUAUACACCUUAAGCCGAAAUUGAUGUUGACUGUAUCUUUUCGGGGUUUGAUAACUUAUUGUUACUUUUCUCAUAGCCCUUGAGCUUGCUGUUUACACUCCACCCUUUGAACGUAUUCAUUCCAGGGCGCCAUAACAAAAGUGGUUACGUAUCUGGGGCGCUUGGACAAGCCCAGUCAAGCUGUAUCGGGGACGGUCAGGCUAAGACCAAUCGCCAUCAAACGUGCCUAUGGCGCCCGAGAGGAGCGGCACCGGUUCUGGAACCUCUCAAGAGCGCCCAGCCUUGGAAACUGCAGACAAGAGCGGCUCUCCUUCUACCGCAACGGCGGCAACUACUGCAGGGGCAACGCUUUCCGCUUCCAACAAUGAAUCCGACGAGCAGUCUGUGCUACGAACAGCAACACGGAUCUCGCUGGCGGGGAGCCCAGGCGGGUCCGCAGGGACCAGCUGGCCUUCCUCCGAGGAGGUUGUGCAGGCUGCCGUCUCUUUCAACACCCUGCUAAAGCUCUGGUCACGCCCAGGGCCGAGCCGCAUGCUGAUUAAGGCAACGGAGGCGGCGCUGCGGCGGGUGGAUGAGUCUGAAGUAGACUGGCUGGCGUAUCUCCAGUUCAGUGUUUCCGCCGUAAGGACUGCCUUGAAGUGCUGUAUCCCCAGUUUAGGGUUGGCGGACGAUCUGUCCGUGGUCCUGCCUGGCGUCCUCAAGUGCGCAACCCGCAUUCUGGCACGUGGGUAUGGGACAGCAGCUGCAGCAGCGACGCGGCCUCAGGCAACGGCAGGUGGUGGAGGCCAGGGCCGCGUGCGGGAACUCCCGGAGCAACUCAGAAUAUCAGAGCGACACAUAAUCCUCUGCGGGACGUUAGAUUUCCUCAUAGACCUAUCGUGUUGCCUGUUUGGUGUGGCGGUGCUGGUCGAGACCGACAGUGGCGCCGAUGAGGGCACCAGCAACCAGGAGGCCGCUACCGGUACUACUAGCAGUGCGGCCAGCAGCGCCAUCAGUGAACUCCGCGACAAGGCGACCCGGUUCUUCCACGGGGCGGUGAAGGAGCUAUCGGAGUCAAACCUGUUCGAGCACCUGGCCAAGGAAAUGUACGAGAUGGCAGCCGAGCAUGGGCGUUAUGUACUGUUCCACUCGCUGCUCUUCAUAUCCUCCACGAUCUUUAAGCCGCACGUGUACCGCGCCACGCUUCACAAGCUAGGCCUGCCCGGCCCCUGCAUGCUGCACCUGCUGACGGCGGCGGCAGUGGAGGUGUUGCGACCGGUCGACGGUGGACCCAGCUACGGCCUGCCCGCAGAGGCGUCACAGACAAUCCAGAAGCUGCUUUCGGAAGUUGACCUGAGCGGCGACCUAAACGCGGGCGUGCUGAACGUCCUGCAGUGCUGGGUCCUGGCGCUGACCCCCGGAGCCGGCUUCAACACGCAGUCCUACAUUAGCGCCGCAGCCACCUACGAGCUGUGCUUACGGGUAGUAGCGGCUGUCACUCGCGCAGAGGAGGCACGGUGUGGGGCAAGCGGGGCAUCCGCUCAGCGGCAGCUGCCGGCGAAGCGCGGCUCCAUUGCCCUUUCCGCCUCCAUCGCCGCCCACGACGCGCUGGCAUACAUGCGUACCAAGGGCUUGCGGCGUGAUGCCGCAGCGUCUGCGGAGGGCAGCGGGGCCCUGGUGCGGCCUGAGGAGUGGUGGCGGGCGGCUGUGCAGUCGCUGCGCUUUACCGCGGACAACGUGGGGAGCGAGGGGGCGGAUGCCACGGUGGCGUGGAAGGGCGUGCAGCUGCUGAUUCGCCGGCUGUCCAAGGGCCAAAUGGCGCUGCCGUUGCCCGAAGCCAUGCCGCCCAGCCCGCCACCCGACGUGGCAGCCGCCCUCUCCGCCGGCUACCUGCCCUGCCUGCUGCAGCUGGCGCGACUUGCGCACAAGGACAAGGGCAUCAUCGCCAAGUGCGUCCUUUCCGCCCUGCCGGCACUGCCGCAACUGGGCUGGCUGCUGCACUACAGCGACAAGCGGCAGGCAUCGGAGCUGCUGACAGCCAUGCAGGACCUGGUGCCCAGCCUGGUGGACAGCAAGCUCGUGGGGCGGUACUCGGGGACAGUGCGCGAGGUCGUGCACUGGUACCGGGCACGCAAAGGCGCCAACGGCGGCAGCGGCACCGAGGUGGGAGGCAGCAUCGGCACCGAGCUGGGCGGUGGCGGCGGUACCGAGCUGGGCAGUGGCGGAGGCACCGAGCUGGGCGGUGGCAGCGGCACCGAGCCGGGCGGUGGCAGCGGCACCGAGUGCAAAGGCAGUGACGGCACCGAGAUGGGCGAUGGCAACAGCAACAGGCCCGGGGCAGCCGUGGUGGCCGUGGUAGGCUAGCCGACUGGGCCUCGUAUCCGGUGCGCUGGCGGCGAUGGGCCUGGUCUGAUGGGUGUGCUGAGGAUAAUGUUGGGGUAUGUCGUACCUUGCGCCGUGGUUGCCUGGUUGCUGUGGCGACUGCUGUAGAGGGUGACGCUGGUGUGGUCGGGUGCGGCUACCACUGCCGUUUGAUGGCGCCUCUCUGAUCACUCGCGGCGGAUUACCUCCUUUUCGUGUCAUGGUCGGCGAACAGGUUUUUGCGGCUCUUGUUGCUCUUGGCUGAUGGUUGCAAUGGCUGGUGUUGUACACUAUCCUUACAUAGCAGGGCGUGAAGGAGCCGUCCGAAUUGAUUGCUGGUGCAUGCAUGCAGGUGUGUGGUUGUCUGAUUUAUGAGGGUUCGGGGCGUGCUUUUGAGUUGUGUUUUGCGGUGCAUGCAGUGGUACGGCACAUUGUCGUACCACCGUGGCGCUGUUUGAUUGUAGCUUUUGCGUUGAAUGCGGUAUGGGUCACAGUCGCAGCAGGAUGUGGAGGAUUUGCAUGAAAUUUGCUUCAUGUGCGGUUGCUGUUCACACUUACUGCUCAAGUGCGCUAAUUGUGGAAAUGUUUUAGCUGAGUGUUUACAUGUCCAUACCUGUAUAAGCUUGGGAAAAGGAGGUUUGUGUAGCAGAGUGAAGGCUUCGAUACAAGGGUGAGUCGCGCCGCAAAGGUACCCUCGUAAAGAAUGCAUGACUGGUGUACGACCUUACGGUAGUAGGGCUUGUACGGCGUGUUAAUCGUACCAACGUACGGCAAUGACAUAACUUGCAGCUUUUUUCGAAUGCUGGACCGCUGGAGUGCCUCGAAAUUGCUGAAGUAAUGGCAUUGUAGCAGGUUUGUGGCAUUCUGUACGGGCUUCAGAUGUAUAGUAAUGGAGACGAUGGUCGUACAGAGUGUUGAGUGUUGAGUAGGUGUUGACGAUUAGUCUGGAGUGCGAGGAUACCGUAAGGUACCGUGCAGAUAUGUACAGCACGAGGCGCAGGUGCAAGGCUAAGUGCGGGCGCCGGGGAGUGGCUCAAAGUGCACGUGCAGCACAUUGCGGCGCCGUGGUGCGGUCACCGCCUGGAGGAUGAGGACGUUAAUUGGCUGCCACAUGCUGCCUUGUGGUACGUCUUCCCUCAUAUUCCUGACAAAAACAACUGUUCAUCGUUUAUUGGCUCUUGUAUCUUACGUAAGAACGUGCCUUUGUUGGCGUGUACUUUGUGUGUAGUUCGCUGUACGGAAAGUUGGGCCAACGCGCGCUGUUGGUUGUACUGAUUGGAGCCGCUGGUUAGUAACGCCGUUGAAGGGGCCAGUUAUGCGAAGGCAAGCCACAGACAUGGGGCGGUGAAAACCCAGCCGAGCUCUGUUGGCACGGGAACGGCUUUGGUAUUGGCGGAACGCAGCCACUCCAGAUAUGUCCUGGAGUCCUUUCAUUGACAAGAUACCCUAUGCAAACUUGCUUUCGUCAUCAGAGGUCUUGUACACACAGGAG